UCUGUGCACAGCGGUUGGGUGGAAACAACCCCCUCACGGCGGUUUUAGAUCUUCCCCUGCAGAAGAUGCACUUUCUGUACUUCUCUAAGGCAGGAAGUCAUUAUGUGACUAACACAUUGUCAUCAGACUUCCUCUGAUUUACCCUGAAGUGUAUGUGAAAAUGAUGUGCAUUGCCAAAAAAUGUGGAAUUAGGUUCCAGCCUCCAGCUAUUAUCUUAAUCUAUGAGAAUGAAAUGAAGGGGAAAAGUCGCCAACGCAUCAUGCCAAUCCGAAACUUUUCAAAGUUUUCAGAUUGCAGCAGAGCUGCUGAACAGUUAAAGAAUAAUCCACGACACAAGAAUUACCUGGAACAAGUGUCCCUGAGGCAACUAGAGAAGUUAUUCAGCUUUUUACGAGGUCAUUUGUGGGGACAAAGUUUGGCAGAAACGAUGGAACAAAUUCAGCGGGAAACAACGAUUGAUCCUGAGGAAGACCUGAACAAACUAGAUGACAAGGAACUUGCCAAAAGAAAGAGCAUCAUGGAUGAACUUUUUGAGAAAAAUCAGAAGAAGAAGGAUGAUCCAAAUUUUGUUUAUGACCUCGAGGUUGAGUUCCCACAGGAUGAACAACUUCAGUCUUGUGGCUGGGACACAGAGUCAGCUGACGAGUUCUGAUACCAGAAACUCAAAGAAUUUAUGGGGCUAGUAGAAGAACCAUGUUUAUACAUUCUUUGUAUAAUUGUAUAAUACAAUAUUAUACACUUAUACAAUUAUACAAAGAAUGUAUAAACAUGGCUCUAGAAAAAUCUGUAAAGAGCACUAAACGUACAUGUUGGGUCAUGUUUGGAUUAACCAUGUUACUUUUCAAAACUGAGACUUUUAGAUUAUCUACUAUGUAGAUGCAUGAGGAAUAUAAGAGAAACAGAAUAUAGGAAUAUGCCUUUAAGGAGCUUACAAUCUAAUUGGAAGAUAAGUCAAAAACUUGUGAAAAGCUAAUUAACAGAAUUAGGCAGCAAACAGAUUAGAGCCAAAUGCUUGAGAAAGGUUAGAGGGCCGGAGCCUAGGUUACCAUAGGGUAGAAUAGUCAGGAAAGACUGCCCUUUAGUGGAGAGAUGGAACUUUGCCUGGCCCUUGAAAUGGUAGUAUUUGGAUAGAAGUUUAUAUAGAAUUCCAGAUGAGAGAAACUGGAAGAAAGAAAAAGAAGAGGAGGUUAAUGAUAAAGAGAUAGGGAUGAGAAUAUUUUAUUUGAGGAGCAGAAAGCAAAUUAUAGUUUGCUAAGAUUGGAGGGCAUAAAUGGUUAACAGGAUUAUUCCAGAGGCAUUAUGUCUUCAUGUAUGUUUAACUGUGGAGGAGAAGAGCAACCCUGCGGGACGCCGGCUGCCACACAUUGAGGUCUUCUGAUGGACGGCUGGGGAAUUCUGCCCCUCCAGGAUCAGGAAAUACAUUCUAAAGACAUUCUGAAAACCUGAAGGUCUUCCCGUAACUACAGAAGUUUGUUUGUAAUAUGGGAAAUCUACCCAUACUAAAAUGAACAAUAGGCAUUGCCAGUUUAGGCUUAUUUAUGAGUUUCGAUCUACAAAGAGAAGAUCUUUGUUGAACUAGGUUAUAUGUGUACAGUUACAUCUUUCUUCUUUUAGAAUAUUGUUUAACUGGCGGAUAUUCUAUGUUUCCUGCAAGGAAAUUAAUAUUAAAUAAAACUAAAAAAUUCACUCUUUCUACCUGUCUAUCCCUACCCUCUUUACCAUUAAAAACUCCAUUAAAGGGA